AUGAAGACUGCGUUGGUAGCCGUCCUAUUGCGGCUUAUGCUGCAAGGACAAGCGGCUUGGGCAGACACGCGAGUGGUCACCAGCACCCAAGUCAAUUGCAACGACGUCCCCAUCAACUUCAGCGCCAAUCCGUCCUUUGAGACGGGUGAACUGGCUCCAUGGAUCAAGUACCCCGAUGGCGAAGUCUACGAUACGCCGACCGUCAUUAGCGACUCAUCCGACGAUGGAGACUAUGUCAUGCAGAUGACCGGCGCGGAAGGCUAUCACGCAGCAGAGCAGACGGUGAACGGGUUGACCGUGGGCAUCACAUACACGCUAUCGUUCGACUACAAGAUGACGGGUGCAGGAUCAAGUUACCUCUUCAUCGAACACGACGGCAAUCAAGUGCUCGCGAGCGCGAUGGCGUCGCCUUCCACGGAAUGGCAAACCAUUUCUGGAACCCUUACCGCGACCUCAACCUCGCAUGUCUUCGUGAUCUGGGCGUACUUCAUGAACCCGACCACUCUCGAAUUUGACAAUGCCAAGUUCACCAACGCCGCCCAGACUACUCAGGUGUGCAGUACCACUACAGUCACCUCAACGGUCACCUUCACUCCUACAUCCACUCCUACAUUCACUCCUACACUCACUCCUACACUCACUCCUACAUCCACACCUGCACACCGCACCCCGUCCAGUGUUGUGGUGUCGUCCUCCCCCAUUCGGUCCAGCUCAAGCGUGCCUUCUUCUACGCCAGUUAGGGUUCCAACCGCACGCCCAUCUAUCCGUCCCUUGAGCUCCAUGCCGCCGCAGAUGUCUAUCCGUCCAUUGAGCUCCAUGCCGCCGCAGAUGACCCCGUCGUCCCGGCCGGUUGCUUCGUCGAGGAUCCCGUCCCAUCUACACCGAAUCAAGUCCAAGUCCGCCUGCAAGCGACCUAUCUCCAAGUCACCUUCGUCUAUCAUGCGCUCUUCUUCUUUGCCAAGCCUUUCUGCUCAAGCUUCGUCAACCCCUUCAGUAGGCCCCUACGGCGGCGAAACACGGCCCAACAGACCUCAUAUGCACCGGCCUAACCCGUCCCAUAUGCACAAGCCCCACACCGGAGGCCCUGAAGAACAUCGGCCCACAAAUGUACCCCCACCAGCGCUCCCGGAGACCCCUCAACCUACGGCGACAAUUACCAGACCCAACAGCCCACCUCCAGCGGAAGGAUCAACGACGUUAACCAUUGUCUCGACCCGCACCACCACCAUCACUGCCUGCCCUUCCAGCGUAUUGGAUUGUCCCGCUCGAGAGAAGACCACACAUGUCACUACUGAAACAGUUCUGGUUUACACCACUGUGUGCCCUAUUGCUGAGGCGGAAGCCACAUCCAUCGCUGAGGCUGGCUCAAAACCACAUGGCUCCGCCGGGGAGGCCUAUCCGGGUGUUAUCACGUCCACAGUGUGGACUACUCGUACCGCCACGGUGACAGCAUGCCCAUCAACGGUGACCGAUUGCCCGGCGUCCGCAAAGAGCACAUUUGUCACUACCGAGACUCUUGUGGCGUCUACUGUUCUCGUUACAAGCCAGGUAACCCCGACUGCCACCAGUACCAUGAUUUCCCUUCCUGCCGUGACUCCGAGCGGGGCUUCUGGCUCUAACCCCGAAUCCAACGAGGGAAGCACGGAUUCAUCGUCUGGCUCGAACGGCAAAUCUGGUGUGAAUGCCAACGGCUCCAACGGCUCCACUUCGUCGGACAACACGGUUGGUGGUGUGAAUACCAACGGCUCCAACGGCUCCACUUCGUCAGACAACACGGUUGGUGGUGCGAUUGGGCCCCAGGCGGGAGCCUCGAGCUACCUUAUUACCUUGGUCCGCGCAUCUUCCUCCCCAGCGUCAGCCUUUGGGUCAAGUCUGCAUGCCAGCUCGACAAACGCGCCUGCUUCUCAGCAGACUAGCUCGGCCAGUGGAACUGUGACUGCUUCGGCACCACUCUACACCGGCGCUGGGUUCUCUGCACUGAAAAUGAUCCCUGUGUAUGACAUGUUGCUGCUGUUGGCUGUCUCUCUCUUCUUCCUUUCUUAG